CAGCUCCGAAACUCCGGAGACUGGAUUUCAGUUACCGAGUCUGCAGAGCGGCUCUGGGCGGCACACUACGCAGGCGCGAGCGUUUGGGUCUCGCCGCGCGCGGCGCUCGGUUGUAGCGGGAGUGAGUUCCUGGACGCGGAGACCCGGCAGCGGGUGACGGAGCGAGGGGGUGACCGACCGCCUCCCCUACCGCCAUGGCAGCCCUGCGCUACGCGGGCCUGGACGACACGGACAGCGAGGACGAGCUGCCCCCGGGCUGGGAGCAGAGAACCACCAAGGACGGCUGGGUUUACUAUGCCAAUCACACUGAAGAGAAGACCCAGUGGGAACACCCGAAAACUGGAAAAAGAAAACGAAUAGCGGGAGACUUGCCGUAUGGAUGGGAGCAAGAGACCGAUGAGAACGGACAAGUUUUUUUUGUCGACCAUAUAAAUAAAAGAACCACCUAUUUGGACCCAAGACUGGCGUUCACUGUGGACGAUAAUCCUACAAAGCCGACCAGCAGACAGAGAUACGACAGCAGCACCACCGCCAUGGAGAUACUCCAGGGCCGGGAUUUCACUGGCCAAGUGGUUGUGGUCACCGGAGCCAAUUCAGGCAUAGGGUUUGAAACUGCCAAGUCUUUUGCCCUCCAUGGUGCACAUGUGAUCCUCGCCUGUAGGAAUAUGACAAGGGCCAAUGAAGCUGUGUCACGCAUUUUAGGAGAAUGGCACAAAGCCAAGGUAGAAGCAAUGACCCUGGACCUCGCUCUGCUCCGUAGCGUGCAGCAUUUUGCUCAAGCGUUCAAGGCCAAGAAUGUAUCCCUUCAUGUGCUUGUGUGCAAUGCGGGGGCUUUUGCUCUCCCCUGGAGCCUCACCAAAGACGGCCUGGAGACCACCUUCCAGGUGAAUCACCUGGGACACUUCUACCUUGUCCAACUCCUUCAAGAUGUCUUGUGCCGCUCAGCUCCUGCCCGAGUAGUUGUGGUCUCCUCAGAAUCCCAUAGAUUCACAGAUAUUAACGAUUCCUCGGGCAAACUGGACUUCAGCCGCCUUUCUCCAUCUAAAAAUGACUACUGGGCCAUGCUGGCUUACAACCGGUCUAAGCUGUGCAACAUUCUCUUCUCCAACGAGCUCCACCGCCGCCUGUCCCCGCGUGGGGUGACGUCGAACGCCGUGCACCCUGGAAACAUGUUGUAUUCGUCCAUUCAUCGUAACUGGUGGGUGUACACGCUGCUGUUUACGUUGGCCAGGCCUUUCACCAAGUCCAUGCAACAAGGAGCUGCCACCACCGUCUACUGUGCUGCCGCCCCAGAGCUCGAGGGCCUGGGAGGGAUGUACUUCAACAACUGCUGCCGAUGCGUGCCGUCCCCCGAAGCUCAGAGCGAAGACACGGCCCGCGCCCUGUGGGUGCUCAGCGAGCGGUUAAUCCAGGAAGCUCUCGGCAGCCAGUCCGGCUGAGCGCGAGCGGCCGUGAGCGUGCUCGGCACACACACCCGCCCUGUGCGCGCGCUCACUUCGUGUGUGUGUGUGUGUGUGUGUGUGUGUGUGUGCGCGCGCGCGCGCGCGCAUAGCUGCCGACGCUGGGCCCCUGCCCACUUACGAUCCCGGGCCUUUCCAGGUCCCCCCAGCACCCCCCCGACCCCCGCCCCCAACCCAGAUCCACCAGACAAAGGAAGUAAGAGUAGUCACGACAGAGGGAAAAAUGCCAAGCGCCGGUGAGAAGCUGGGAAUGACAGGGCCAGGGGGACAAUCUCCCUUCUCUGGGGCUGGGUGAGGCCCGGGUCUCUUUGCUUUCCUGGUGGCGGCCUGUUUGAAAGCGAACGCUUAGUUGGCAUGCGGGUCCCUUGUCUCACUGCGGAAGCCCAAACAAUUCUCUCACACUGUUUAGAGUAGCCAGGUGCCCCCUGUCUCUCCCCACCCUGGCCACCACCACAGCCACGGCCUUACCAUCACCACGCUGUAGCCUGGAGCUGGUCUCCUGUUGAGGGCAGAAGAGGCGAGUGUCUGUCCUUCUUUGCUGCCCGGAUCCAGGAGAUCAUUGUUUGACUCGCCCUGACCAAGCCUGAGUGGGCGCGGUGAUGACUGGGGACCCUUGUUCCAGCCAGCCAGGAGGGAGGUGACACUUAGAAAUGGGUGCCAUACACAGAGCGGGUGGGUCACAGAAGGGCUGGCCCGCCCACUCCCUCGCCAAAGCUGCACCCAAAAUUCUUUAGAGAUUGUAACAAAUUCUGCAAAUCAUGCCCUAGACACCUUGGCAGGUGAGAAAGGAAGCAUUGCGUCCGUGAGAAUAUACAGGAUAUGUGCGGGAGCAGAGGAUAAAAAGUCGUUUCCAUUCAUUCCUCAUUUGCAGUUUCUAGAAGUAACCCGGAUCACGGAGGUUCAAGACCUCUGCGUUAUCCUGCUGGAGAUGUCUGCUUAGACUUCCUGUCACUCCUCCCAUCCUAUGCUUAAUAAAAGAACAUGCUUGAAUAUUA